CGCCGCCCGGCGCCGGUGCGGGCUCCGCUCGUUCCCCGGCUCCCUGCCCCUUCCGCUUUGCACGGCCGUGGGGUCCGUCCCUCUGCACUCCCCUCUGUGCCCCCGCCCGGCGUGGCGGUCCCCGGGACCCCACCACUUUGCGCUGCUCCCGCCCCACCAGCGGGCGGCCCGUGGCGCCGGCCCCUCCCCAUCCCCGUCCCGCUGCCCGUGCCGGUGCCGGUGCGGGUCCCCUCCCCGGGGUGGUGCCAGCGCGGGGCGGAGGCGGAACCCGGAGCCGGUGGUCAGCCCCGCCGCGGCGUUGUGCCCCGUGUGCGUCCCCCGCAGCCCCGCCGGGAUGUCGCGGCCGCUGUCGGACCAGGAGCGGCGGAAGCAGAUCAGCAUCCGCGGGAUCGUGGGAGCCGAGAGCGUGGCCGAGCUGAAGCAGGGCUUCAACCGGCACCUCCACUUCACCCUGGUCAAGGACCGCAACGUGGCCACCCCCCGCGACUACUACUUCGCCCUGGCGCACACCGUGCGGGACCAUCUGGUGGGGCGCUGGAUCCGCACCCAGCAGUACUACUACGAGAAGGACCCCAAGAGGAUUUACUACCUCUCCCUGGAGUUUUACAUGGGGCGGACACUGCAGAACACCAUGAUUAACCUGGGGCUGCAGAAUGCCUGCGACGAAGCCAUCUACCAGCUUGGGCUGGACAUGGAAGAGCUGGAGGAAAUAGAGGAGGAUGCUGGUCUUGGCAAUGGUGGCCUGGGCAGGCUUGCUGCCUGCUUCCUCGACUCGAUGGCAACACUGGGGCUGGCAGCCUACGGCUACGGCAUCCGCUACGAGUACGGCAUCUUCAACCAGAAGAUCCGGGACGGGUGGCAGGUGGAAGAAGCCGACGACUGGCUCCGGCACGGCAACCCCUGGGAGAAAGCCCGUCCCGAGUACAUGCUGCCCGUGCACUUCUACGGCCGGGUGGAGCACACGGCCACCGGCGCCAAGUGGGUCGACACCCAGGUGGUGCUGGCACUGCCCUACGAUACCCCCGUGCCCGGGUACAUGAACAACACCGUCAACACCAUGCGCCUUUGGUCGGCUCGAGCACCCAACGACUUCAACCUGCGGGACUUCAAUGUUGGAGACUACAUCCAGGCUGUGCUGGACAGAAAUCUGGCAGAGAACAUAUCCCGCGUCCUCUACCCCAAUGACAAUUUCUUCGAAGGGAAGGAGCUGCGGCUGAAGCAGGAGUACUUCGUGGUGGCUGCCACCCUCCAGGAUAUCAUACGCCGCUUCAAAGCAUCCAAAUUUGGGAGCACCGACAGUGUCCGAAUCGUGUUUGAUUCCUUCCCUGACCAGGUUGCCAUCCAGCUGAACGACACGCACCCUGCCAUGGCCAUCCCUGAGCUGAUGAGGAUUUUUGUGGACAUCGAGAAGCUGCCGUGGAACAAGGCCUGGGACAUCACCGAGCGGACCUUUGCCUACACCAACCACACAGUGCUUCCCGAAGCCCUGGAGCGCUGGCCAGUGGACCUGGUGGAGAAACUGCUCCCCAGACACCUGCAGAUCAUCUGUGAGAUCAACCAGAGACACCUGGAUCACAUCGCAUUCCUCUUCCCUAAUGAUGUGGACCGGCUGCGGAGGAUGUCCCUGAUUGAGGAGGGAGGUACCAAGAGGAUCAACAUGGCCCAUCUCUGCAUCGUCGGCUCCCACGCUGUCAACGGCGUGGCAAAGAUCCACUCAGAAAUAGUCAAGACUCAAGUCUUCGAGGACUUUGCAGCGCUGGAGCCGGAGAAGUUUCAGAACAAGACCAACGGCAUCACCCCGCGGCGCUGGCUCCUGCUCUGCAACCCGGGGCUGGCGGAGCUCAUCGCAGAGAAAAUAGGGGAGGACUAUGUGCGGGACCUGAGCCAGCUGACAAAGCUGCACGAGUGUGUGGACGAUGACAUCUUCAUCCGGGAGGUUGCCAAAGUGAAGCAGGAGAACAAGGUGAAGUUCGCGCUGUACCUGGAGAAGGAGUACAAAGUGAAGAUCAACCCUUCCUCCAUGUUCGAUGUGCAUGUGAAGAGGAUCCACGAGUACAAGCGGCAGCUGAUGAACUGCCUGCACAUCAUCACUAUGUACAACCGCAUCAGGAGGGAUCCUGCAAAGCUGUUUGUGCCAAGGACAGUUAUCAUUGGGGGCAAGGCUGCCCCAGGAUAUCACAUGGCUAAAAUGAUCAUCAAGCUCAUUAAUGCUGUGGCUCAGGUGGUGAACAACGACUCCGUUGUGGGGAGUAAGCUGAAGGUCAUCUUCCUGGAGAACUACAGGGUCUCGCUGGCAGAGAAAGUGAUCCCUGCUACUGACCUGUCGGAGCAGAUCUCCACAGCAGGCACCGAGGCGUCGGGCACGGGGAACAUGAAGUUCAUGCUGAAUGGGGCUCUGACCAUCGGCACCAUGGAUGGAGCCAACGUGGAAAUGGCCGAGGAGGCUGGGGAGGAAAACCUGUUCAUCUUCGGCAUGAGGGUGGAGGAUGUCGCAGAGCUCGACAGGGAAGGGUACGAUGCCCAGAAGUACUACGACCAGCUCCCUGAGUUGAAGCAAGCCAUUGACCAGAUUAAGAGUGGCUUCUUCUCCCCAGAGGAGCCUGACCUCUUCAAAGACGUGGUCAACAUGCUCUUCCACCAUGACAGGUUUAAAGUUUUUGCAGACUACGAGGCUUAUGUCAAGUGCCAGGAGAAGGUCAGCGAGCUGUACCUGAACUCCAAGGCAUGGACCAAGAUGGUCAUCAGGAACAUCGCAGCAGCUGGCAAGUUCUCCAGCGACCGCACCAUCAAGGAAUACGCCCGGGACAUCUGGCACGUGGAGCCCUCCAACCUGAAGAUCCCACCACCCAACGAGCCCCGGGACGCGGCUGAGCACCAGACCCACAACGGCGCAGCAGCGUAGGGGCAUGGAGCUGCUGCCAGCCAGAGCUGGGGAUGUGAGCACGGAUGCUGUAAAAUGGUCUCUGUCUCUGCUGCGUGGUGUCUGUGCUGCUGCUGGCUUUCCUACGGGUGGGGAAGGGGCAAUUUUUAUAACCCAAGUGUCGUGCAGAAAGCAAAAACUGUUGCCCCGUUGUGUCACUGGAGUCCAAGGGGCUGUUUGCUGAAGCCUAAAUUGGGACUGGGCUCGCACCAACACUAAUGCAGAAACUGGGUGUCAGGGGCGAGGUGCUGGGGCUCGGACAGGGAUAGGGUGGGCAACACCACUGGACACAGCUGUCUAAGCCCUUGUAGGUGCUGCUGAAGCAGGACUUGGGGUGCAGCUCUUGCCAGUCCUGAGGCAUCAGUGCUGGGGAGUUAAGGGGUAUUUGCAGCAGGGCUGUGUACCCCCACCACUGCCCCCUGUGAUGCUCCUGGGCAUGGCUUGCAUGGUCCUGUCCCAGGAGCAGCACCCAGAUCACAACAGUAUUCCCAUCCCCUACGUAACCUGAAGCAUCCUCGAGGUAGUGGGCGAAUUAGAGCAUUUUUCAGUAGUUUUUAUUACUUACAACAGUAAGUUCAGUGCCAUAACAGGUUCCUGGUGUGGGCUUGAGGAAGUGCUUGUGGUUGCUGCAUGCAGCAGCUGCCAUCACUUAAUGUUCAAGAAGUCUCUGUAACAAGAUUCAGUAAAUUUUACACUGUUAUUGCUGACCAUCCUAUGCUGCUUCCGAGACUGGUUUCUGAUCCCUGGAUGCGGGUCUGAGCCAGGCUUAGAGUAAAUCUGCGUACCCAGGGCAAAGAGGAUAUCCCUAGGUCUUUUCUAGGCAAGGUUCGAAUUCCCUCUUCUACCCAAACAACUGGGUCUAUUUUUAACUCAUCCUGUUCUGUUAAUAGAGCCAUUGAAACCAAAAUUUGAUCCCUGUAAGUUUUCACUCCUAACCCUAGUUGUACAAUUAAAUCUCUCCCUAGCAAGUUGCUUCCUGGUUCAGGAAUGUAUAACAAUUGCCCUUGAAUUGUUCUGCUAUUUAAUUCAAGGCAGUGUCUUCAAAAAUGGGAACUGAAAAUCCCUCUCACUGAAAAUCCCUCUCAGUUUUACUCCUGAAACAGUUAUCCUUUGGUUUACUAAUUUCAGUGUACCUGAUUGUGUGAUUACAUGUGCACAUGUGUGCAAUUAA